AUGACGGACUUACCAGGACGCAAGGUAUUUAAGGUGUUCAACCAAGAAUUUGUGGUUGAUGAGCGAUACAACGUGACAAAGGAGUUGGGACAGGGCGCGUAUGGUAUUGUCUGUGCCGCCACGAACAUCCAAACCGGGGAAGGUGUUGCAAUCAAGAAAGUGACAAACGUGUUCAGUAAGAAAAUCUUGGCGAAGCGCGCACUGCGUGAGAUUAAGCUGCUCCAGCAUUUCCGUGGUCAUCGCAAUAUCACGUGUUUGUAUGAUAUGGAUAUACCCAGACCAGAGAAUUUCAACGAGACCUACCUGUACGAAGGCAAGUACUUUUUGUUGAUGGAGUGCGAUCUGGCUGCAAUCAUCCGGUCGGGACAGCCCUUAACAGACGCUCACUUCCAGUCCUUCAUUUACCAAAUACUUUGUGGAUUAAAAUACAUCCAUUCCGCCAAUGUCUUGCAUCGAGAUCUAAAGCCGGGUAAUUUGCUAGUCAAUGCUGACUGCGAGCUGAAGAUUUGCGACUUUGGCUUGGCUCGUGGCUUCUCCAUCGAUCCGGAUGAGAAUGCUGGCUAUAUGACUGAAUACGUUGCCACGCGAUGGUACCGUGCCCCUGAAAUCAUGUUAAGCUUUCCAAGCUACACCAAAGCUAUUGAUGUAUGGUCUGUUGGUUGUAUUCUGGCUGAACUCCUAGGUGGCCGGCCUUUCUUCAAAGGCCGUGAUUACGUUGACCAACUUAAUCAAAUCCUCCACUACCUUGGAACACCCAAUGAAGAAACCCUCUCCCGCAUUGGCUCCCCACGAGCGCAAGAAUACGUCAGGAAUCUCCCAUUCAUGCACAAAAUCCCUUUCCAGCGCCUCUUCCCGAGUGCGAACCCAGACGCUCUGGACCUCCUAGAUCGAAUGCUGGCCUUUGAUCCGUCUUCCCGUAUCUCUGUCGAAGAGGCUCUUGAGCACCGCUACCUGCAUAUCUGGCACGAUGCGACUGAUGAGCCAUCAUGCCCCACGACCUUCGACUUCCACUUUGAGGUUGUUGAUGAUGUACCAGAGAUGAGGAGGAUGAUUUUGGAUGAAGUCGUCCGAUUCCGCCAGCAAGUGAGACAGAGUUCUCAGACGCAGGGUAGUGCGGCUGGGCAACAGGCGGCUCAGCAGGCUCAACAAAAUGUUCCAAUCCCGGAGGAUCAUUCUGGAGUCUGGAAGCAGGAAGAUCCCCGGCCACAGGAGGCUGUACUUGAUAGCUCUAGAAACCCGAAUGACCUUGAAGCAUCACUCCAGAGAGGAAUGGACGUUGUUAGAUGA